AUGGAGAGCCAAGCCUGUUGCGAACACGAUGAUGUACCAGGAAUUCGGCUUAUCAUUUUGAAUCUUCCUGAAGACGAAGGCGAGGGUUUGGGUUUUCGUCUAACGAGGACCUUAUGGGACCCUUAUCCAUGGGUUCAUGAUGUGACAUCAGGAUCCAGGGCUGAGAGUGCCGGUUUGAAAGCCGGGGAUUGCCUGUUACAAGCGGAUGGAAAGGAUUUAUUGGGGUUGCCAGUUGGCCAAGUGGCGGGAAUUAUUAGAGGUAAUGGUGACAGCCACGGGGUUUCAUUACUAGUUUGGAAUUGCGGUGUCGAUCCGAAAGACGAUCCAGAGCUACUUUGGAGCGCUGGAGGAGGUUCCAGGGGGGAAAAGUCGCGUAGAGCUCUCUCUGGUGUCGUGAGAGCUUUAUCUUGUUGCGUCUGCGCAGCCACAGCUGUCAGUGCACUAAAUUGCGCGAGAUCUCAUCUUUACUGCGAAGGUUGUUGGAGCCGACUGGAGAAGUGUGCUCUGUGCAGAGAGCCAUUACCAGCAAAAGAAUCGCCAUACGCCAAGAAUCUAGUUGCUGAACAGGUUUUCGAAGCGAUAGCCACAGAGUACGAAAUAAAAGAAUCAAUGAAGAAAAACCAAACGUGUUCUGCGUACAAUUCGCCAAACAGGUCACCAAAUGUAUCACCAUCACCUAGUCGAAAAGGACAAUAUCAAUUAUCGAUGAUGAAUAGACGAAUAAAUAGCGCAAAAUAUUCCUCCGAUCCAAAUCUUCGAAGAUCGUUAAACAGCGAAAACAAAAAACUUUCUAAUUUAGUAGAUAGUUCAUAUACUGAAGACGAAUUAAAAGUGCAUCUGGAAUCCGACCAUAAUCGUGUUAAAAUCGAGACCUAUGAAUUCAAAUGUGCUACGUGCGAGAAGGUAUUCUCGUCAGAGCGCGCGUGCGCCUCACACCAGCGGGUACAUAUGGGACCCCAGAUCAAGGUGAAAAGGGAGCCCCAGACUCCUGAGGAACUUCAAGAGAGAAGGCGGUUGAUGGGGGUAAAGAAGCAUGUGUGUGAAGUGUGCGGGAAGAUGUAUGCAACUAAUGCGGCUUUACGCUACCAUCAGAGGAUUCACACAGGAGAAAGACCAUAUAAGUGUCAUUUGUGCCCCAAAGCUUUCACCAUGCCACUUUUUCUGCAGAUCCACAACCGUACGCACACCGGCGAGCGUCCCUAUGCAUGUCCCCAUUGUCCCAAAGCGUUCAGCAACAAGGCGGCACUCUUGAGACACGAUCGGGUCCACACUGGCAUCAAGCCAUACGGGUGCCCGCAGUGUGGCAAGACUUUCACGCAGUCGAACUCCAUGAAGCUCCACGUGAAGACGGUUCAUCUCAAAAUGCCGGCGCCCUACAAGAGUAAGGCGAGAAAGCUGAAGGAGGCUGCGAAACGCAUGGAGGCAGAAUUGAAGAUCAACAAGGGCUCUGUGAACAUUGAGACAAAGGCUAUCAAGCUGGACGAUGGCACCGAUGUGAUUCCGCCCGAGUGCGUUAAAACUGAGAUGGAGGUGUACGACGAUGAAACAGUGUACGCAGAGGAGGCGGAUGUGGAGGAGAUCUAUGAGGAGGUACCAAUGUACGAGGGAGGUCUCUUCCGAGACGUGAAAGAGGAAGACCAAGAAGAAGAAAUCUUCUAUUACGAACAAGAGGUGGACGACAGCGAAGUGCUUUACGAAGAGGUGUAUGAGGUCACUGAGGUGUUAUAG